AGUUUAACAGAAGUUUCGGGGCGGCUGUAUUUGGGGGGGGGGGUGGGUGACGUGUCGUGCACAGCGGUCAGGCAGGAGCCGGUUGCCAUGGUGAUGAGCGGAAAGUUUCCACCCCCGCCCCUGGUACCGGGGUCCGUGUUAGCGAAACUCCGUCUGGCCAAGCGGAGUGGCUAACCACAGUGUAGCCGGUCAGCCCGAUGGGGGUGGACGAGGCUUACAGGUCGAUGGGAGGGGUCGGUAGAUACCAGGUCUACCUCGUCGUCUUAUUAACUCUGUUGCAGAUUUAUGUUGCUGCCCAGGCUGUCUUCAUGACUAUAGUUGGAGCAGGAUUACCUUAUCACUGGGACAUUGGAAACAUUUCACCUGGUCAGAACAAUGUUAACACUACAGUUGAUCCGAAUGCGGUGUUUAAACACUGGCUUCAUAUGGUGAAUAAAACUGAGAUUGAACAACACGUUCAUUUUGACGCUGAUUCCUCAUCUGUUGUCGGAGAGUGGUUCCUCAUUGGAGAUGCUUCAUACAAAGUUGUUGUGGCCAGUUCAGUAUAUUUCUUUGGUGUCUUGGUUGGUGUAAUCACUUUUGGGCAACUUUCUGAUCGAUUUGGAAGGAAGAAAGUUUACUUAACAGGUCUUUCUCUUGAAAUAAUUUUUGGUGUUGUAACUGGAAUCACUCCUACGUAUGCGAUCUUUGUGAUAUCCCGUUUUGCUGUUGGCAUGAUGAAUGGAGGAAUGUCAUUGGUGUGCUUUGUUCUACUCCAGGAGUAUGUGGCUGUUUCUUAUUGGGCUUUAACUGGGUCAAUACAGAGCCUUUCAUUUGCUGUUGGAAUUUCUGUGUAUGCACUGCUUGGACACUUUAUUCGAUCAUGGCGGAUUUUGGCAGUUGUGAUCAAUAUUGAAGGCAUGUUCAUCCUGUUCCCAUCUUUAUGUAUCCCAGAAUCUCCACAUUGGCUGUAUGCUCAAGGACGAUGGAAUGAAGCAAGGAAUAUACUUGAGAACUUUGCUAAGAAGUGUGGUCAGCCGAAGUGUACCGUGACUCUGAAGCCACCAAUUGUCCAAGAUGGUGAUGAAUCCGCUAGUAUCUUUGACCUUUUCCGGGAUCGUAUUCUCUUGGGCAGGACAUUGAUAAUGAUGUUUGUGUGGUUAAUAUGCAGUCUUGUAUAUUAUGGUCUGACUCUAAAUGCUGGUGACAUGGGUGGCGAUCGAUAUCUAAACAUAGCACUUUCUGGAUUAGCUGAGUUGCCUUCAUAUCCUCUCUGUUUCUUUCUGAUGAACCGCACUUGGUCAGGUCGCAGACGGACACUAGCGGGAUUCCUUCUUGUGGGAGGCGCAGCCUGUCUUGUUAUCGUUUUGCUGCCAGAGAAGAAAGGCACUGGACUAUAUUCUGUUGUCAACAGCCAAUCUUUUUCCAUUCUGGGUAAACUAUCAAUAAGUGCUGCAUUUAAUGUAGUCUAUGUCUACACCUCUGAGCUCUAUCCCACAUCUGUCAGGAAUGUUGGGUUGGGCAUUUGUUCCAUGUCUUCUAGAUUGGGAGGAAUCCUUGCACCCUUUCUUCCAUCACUGAAAUCCAUUCAUUGGUCAAUGCAUUUUGUGGUGUUUGGAGCUACUGGACUGCUAGCAGGAAUCCUUAGUUUGUUGCUGCCAGAAACAUUGAAUGAAACUCUUCCAGACAAUCUCUCUGACCUGCGCAAUGUCACAUAUCGCCAGCUUGGAGAAGACGUAGUCUUGUUGCAGUUGCAGGAGAUUAAAAUGGCAAGUGAUGUGAAUCAUGCAGAGAACAAUAAUAGUGAGAAUGAGGAGGAUGGUGAUGCUGAUGAAGAAACCACAUUGAUUAAAUAACACUCGAAGAAUAUUUUACAAGUCAGUCAAUUCAAUGAGAUUGCAACUGCAGCACUUUAUGUAAAUUUUUUUCCAAUUUAUCAGUAUCCAUAUAUAUCCAGCUUAUUUCUUGAAAUGUGCAGUAGUAACUGGGAUGUUAUGGGCACUAAUACACUCAGGAUAUUUGUAAGGUAUGACCUGUCAGUAAUAUGCAUGUUUCUGAUGGUGUAAUAUUGUCUCAUUUUGCAAGUGAAUUUUAGAGCAGAAGUUAAUUUAAUGGUGCUGGUAUUUUUAAUUAUUCUGAACCUUGUAUUAUUAGGCACUUUGGCAAAGUCUCAAUACAUUUGUAGAUAUCUAGCAUCUUUCCUCCACAUGUCAGCUUAGUUUGAUAGUGUUCAUCGCUGACUUAGAUUGUUGGUUCCAGCCCCACUUCAGGACUUGAGCACAUAAUGAAGAACUGUCACUGUGUCCGAGAUGUGGUCUUCAGAGGAAUCGUUAAAGUAAGAUCCACUCUGGCUUUUCGGUUACAGGCAAAUGUUAAAGCCACUAUAGAACUAGUGGAAGACUGGUAGGGGGAUCUUCCCAUGUCCUGGUCAACACUUGUGUUGCUUCUCGAUCGACACUGUUAUUAACUGAUCAUUCAUCUUAUUUGUAAGGCCUUGGUCUACACAAAAGAGCUGUCAUAUUUGCCUAAUAUCACAAAUGUCACUGCUGUACUACAAAGUACCACGUGAAAAGCUUUGAGAUGCCUUUAAAAUGCAACUUGCUACAUAUGUUUUUUCUUGUCUCAAUUUCUUUAAAGUCCUCCAAGGUGAUUGCUAGGCAAACUUCUACCUAAUUUUUCAGGGGCUUUAUAUUCUAAAGAUGUGGAAAGCUGGCAUCUAUUGUCCAUCCAUAGUUGCUUUGAGACGAGGGUGUUGGCUCUUCUCUUGGAAAAAUAAUUUUUGUACUGAUUAAGUUGAGAGAUUUGUGCUGGAAAUGGAAUAUGUACACACUUGUCUUCCAAAAUUAGCAUCCAAUACUCAGAUAAGGUACACCAUGGUCCAGUGCAUAAUAAGAGCCCUUCUGCUCUGCCCUACCCCAAAUUAAUACUUACACUAUCACAAGGAAAUUUUCACCAUUUAGUGGCCACACUUAUGACUUAUAUAGUUGAAUUAUCAGUUAAGUGCCAAAUUGUGCUGAUAGUUUUGUGCUCCGGGUCCAAGCCCAUUAUGGAACUAGCUUAAGAUUACUCAGGCCAGUUUCAUGAAGGGACUAACUCAAGGAGGGACAUGCUUUUAUUAACCCGUGUUGAAUUCAGCCAGAUCAAUGAAAAGAUAUUUUCUCUAAACCACCUUGUCUACCUAAGCACAUUUGCUGUUUACAGACUUGAAAACAGAAAGGAUAGGAUUGAUUUUAGAAUGCUGAACCCAAACAGCAUUGCUUGCAGAGUUUAAUUUUCCUAGUCCAGUGUAUUAUUAAUUUAAGGCAGAAAUUCCCACAUAUUUUUGCUACAUUCCCCUUUGGAGAUUUAUGUCCCAUUCUUUCUAGGAAGUGAUAUUUUUGCAAUGCACAAGAGGAUUUUACUUUUUGGUUAGCAUGGUAUUGGUUAAGACAGAGAGCAGCAUUAUUAGCAAACAGUCUCAUCCUACUCACUAAGAUGAAGAUGAGUCAUCAUUUUUUUAUUGUCAUGUUUAUUUAGUGGCAGACUAUCAAUACUACACUACCGAAUAAAUCUGGACAUAAAAUAAAGCUUGGUGACUAUCCCUGGUCUCUGAGUAGGAUGAGCUUGUUUGUUGGUGCACAAUUUGUGAAAUCUCAAUUUUUGGAGUUUCAACUGCAAAUCCGUCUCUACAAUCAAGUGAUUUCUAAACUUGUUUACAUGUAAAUAAGCAAAGAAAAACCCAAUUCACAAAGAAAAACCCAAUUCACAGACAUCUAUUGGGACAAAGUGAACAAAUAUUUCAACAACUGUUUAGAAUAACUCUGCGAACUCUUUUUGAAUUGAGAGCUAAAACUAUUCAAGAGGCUUGGCUUUAAAUUAUCUUUUAAAGCAGAAUGACCAGAAACAUUAAUUAAAUUCUUUUUUAGAACUGCAAAGUCCUCUGAAAACAGAUUUUGAACCCAAAUGAAAUCCUACGAUUUAUUUACCUGUCGGUUAGGAAAAUAUUUGCUGAAUUUCCAGCUAAACCUAACUGAAAUGCUCCAAAAUUACAUCUUUAAACACUAAGACCAACAUUUGUUCAUAAUAGAAACUAAUGUCAAGGACAUAGUUACAUGGUUUUGUAGCACAUAACUACACCAUUGCAAACAUUUUUUACAAAGUUCUAUACGCUUUUGUGCAUAAUGAAAAUCUUAUCAUUCUCAUCUUGAAAAUGAAGUUUGACUUUGUUGAGCUUGUCAAAUUUGUUGGUCAAUAGCCCUAUAAGAUGGUAACUGAGGUGACUCAAAGUUGCCUAGACAUAUGGCACUCCCGCCUGUGUUUGCAGAUUCUUGCCAAAAUCUUACCAUGUGGCCAUCUAAAUCACAAGUUACUGGUGCACUGAGGUCAGUGUGCUUGGCCACCUUUUCAGGUUUAAUGCACCCUUCUGGUGUAUGCGAAUGUGUCUCAUCCCCGUAAUUUUGAAUAGGGCCUAGACUUCUCUGUGCAGGUGCACUUAGCUCUGUCAGUCUUCUGCCACUGGAAUAGCUAGAGCAAAAUGUUUAUAGUCUAGCCUGCUUUCAGUUUACAGUGAACUAGAACUGCUUAGUUAUGAAUGAGUCCAAAAAGCAUUUCUAGAAUGUUCCUGGAGCUCAUUCACAUAACAAGUAAGAGCAAAUUCUUAAUGGAAAUACCAAAGUGCCUACCCAAUCCUCCUUUUCAUUAUGUAUCAUGUGUACUAAUUUUAAUUAGAUGUAAAUUUUCUGUAAGUUUUCUUAUACUGUACUGUUAAUUUAUUUUGAAAUUGAAGCUAAUUUUUGAGGUUUUAUAGGGUCUUGUACAAUUUAUGUGUAUGUAUAUUCACUAAUCCAGAUCAUACUGGAAAUUAAAAAAAAACACUUCA